AUAGGUAUAAACUUAUUCCGUUCCCCAUUCAAGCCCGAUCAACCAUUCUCAGUCUGACAGUUUAGUAAGUCGGAAACGUUCGACGGCGACGUACAUUGGAAAAAAAAAGUUCCUGGCUUAAAAGUGAGUGAUUCAAAGAAUUCUAACGCACCGGAUUGCGACAACCUUUUGCAACAAUAUGUAUUAACGAUAGCAGUAGUUUUUUAACGGUCGCCAAGUGAAUUGUUGCUGUUUGCCUGUUUAGCGUUUGGAACGCACUGUGGCGAUGACGGCAAGCUACCUCCUGGGAGUGGCUUCGGCCGUUUUUCUGUUGCUACUCGGUUCCGGGACCGAGGCUCGGAAGCUAAAGGGAUCGACCGAUGUGGACGCACUGAGGCAUCGGUACUUCGAACUGGAAAACCGAGCCUGGACGAUCGUCAAUCAGAUCGAUAAGGUUGAAAAUCAGAAGGAGGAUGAUAGGAAUUUGCAGCGGAGUAUUAUCCUGAAGGAGAUUAUGGAUAUCUAUACUGGGUUCGCCAGCGAUGAUCUGGGACCGGACAACACUUAUGAUGAGGACGAUUACUUCAUCCUGAAACGGUUUUACGAGUGGCAGCUGCUGGAGCAGGACCUGAUCAAUGUGCACAAGCUGUUCGACGCGAUGCGUGAGUUCAUGAAGAACAAACGCUCGGUCUCGGUGGACGAUCCGGACUUUGAGCUGGCCAGCGUCGACAUCACCGAUACGGUGCUCAGUGAUCCUCGGUUUCCGGUGAAUGCCACCCUGGAGCAGAUCGACACGAUCAUGAUCCGCCAGGGGCUGUACUACAAGGCCCAGUUGGAAGCCAAAUCGACGAUCUGCAGCUUCGGAAUGUCCGCCCAGCAGGUGCUGUACCAAUUGUACAAUGCGAUCUCGAUCACCGAGCUGAAGGGCUACUCGAUGAUGCAGUUCUCCUGGAUGCUUCUAAAGGCCUACGGAAAAGGAAACUUCACGACCGAAUCGAAACUGAUGCGGCGCCGCUUCGAGGAGCGAACCAACCGGACUCAGAUGCUGCUUCAGAGGGUUAUGCAGCAGGCUAGCCGCGAGUACUGGCGCUGUGAUCCGGAACGGGCCCAGCAGAAGGAGGGCGAAACCUUCGUCCAGCUGACCCGGCUGCUGCAGGGCUACAUCGAGAACGAGGUGGACAUGAACACCGAAAAUACCUGCAAGGAGAACUGUGCCUACUACAAUUGGGGAGCCCGGCAGGAGCAGUGCUACAAGGACCUAUACUGUUCCCGGCAGCCCAAAUGCUCCGGCAAGAUCUACAGCUGCGAUUACGUCGACUCGGACAUGUGGAUCUGCCCGGCCGCCUCCAGUAGCACCCGCAGGUACGAGUACAUUGAGUACGAGAACGGGCUGGUGUUCGGACAGAAGAAACAUUGCACCCGCGGCUCCACCAAGGUCGAUUCCUGGUGGCGGUGGCUGUUCUGGCAUUGCAGCUACUGCUUCUGCCUGUGCGACGACUCCGGCCCCAAGUCCGAUCGUUACAUCAACAUGCGGGAGUCGGUUUCGGACGUGGCCAACAAUAAGAUCGUCACCGGUUUGAGGUUUGUGAAGAAGAAUCGAAUCAUCCAUCUGAUUGUGCAACAGGGCAAGUUGCUUCCGCGGGGACAGAUCGAUAACACCACCCUGGAAUGGAGAGAAGCCGAGAAUUACAACGUCCUUUCACCGAACAUUCGCAACGGCCAAGAUUAUCACACGCUGACCUACGAAAGUCGAAUUUUGGAUCUGGACGAUUUGGAGGUAGCCGCCUCCUACGUACUCACCGGAGUUCGCUUCCGGCUACUGGGAAGUCAUCUCAACCUGGAGAUCCGUAUGACCGAAAUGGACUUUGAAACCGGAAAGCUUAUGGACCCGGACAAGAGCAUCUGGAUCGGAAGCGACAAAACUGAACACAGUGACGAUAAAAGGACUGAAGUCAAACUGGACCGACCGCACAUACCGAUUUUGACGGCCUCGAAAUCCAUCCCCGAUUCCGAGACCAACCAGUUCAUCAAGUUCCGCGAAAGUGACCGGGGCAUGGACGCCUCCCAGACGACGGUUCCGUUCUUCGAUGCGCAACCAGUGGUGCCGACCAAGCCUAUUCCCCUGGCCGGAGCCGGUUUAUUCCACAAGGGUCGACCCAAGUUCGGCGGCUUCGUCACGGCUAAGGUAAUAACGUACGAUUUCGGACCGCACAUUCAGGCGCCUCAGCAGCCCGGGGAUAGCUGGGACGAGGGCCGACGGUUGCUAAGUUGAGCUGAGCGCGGCGAAGAACGAUAGACUACAACAAAAAUCUAGACUACCCCUAUCUACUACAACCUACUACUAUCUAUAUUCCUUGUGAGCAAGAAACAAAACUUGAACCCCUAGGAAAAACGGGAUCCGCACAGCCAAAACUACUGAAUCAAAUAGUCGUUCAUGUAUUAGUAUUAGUAGUGGAACUGUUUCAAUAAAAAUAAUAAAAUUCCUUA